AUGGAGCCAAAGCAGCCCAAUCCAAAGCUGAAGAAGCCGAAGCUCAAAAAUGAAGACAUUGCUGAAACAUCAGACUCAUGUCAUGAGUCCGCUAUGCUCACGUCGUGGGCCUGGUCUGAACAGAAAAAGUCAGAAUUUGUUCCUGAUUAUAAACCACCUUUGCCAUUCCCGUCUCGAGCACAUCUUAGUCCACUGGAAAGGGAACAUCUGGAGUUUAUUCAACAAAUAAAGGAAUACGCGAAGUUCCUACAAGAUCUAAUAGACACUCGACAUGAAUUGAAGAAGAAUUCUAAAGUGAUUCUUAAUGAGCAAAGUUCAAGGGCUUAUGCUUUAGCUGAUUCUGGGGCUAGCAUAAAUUUGAUGCUCUACUCAUUCUAUCAAAAGCUAAAUAUUCAGAAAAUGAAGGCAACAAAAAUGACUAUCCACAUGGCUAAUCGUUCGGUGACUCACCCGAGGGGAAUUGUUGAAGACAUCCUUGUUAAAAUUGGGAAAUUUGUUUUCCCAGUUGAUUUUGUAAUUAUGGAUAUGAAGGAGGAUGCAAAUAUCCCAAUCAUUCUUGGUCGCCCUUUGCUAAAUACUUUUGGCACUUUAGUUGAUGUUCGUGAAUCUAAGCUUCCAUUGAGGGACGGUGAUGAUAAGGAAGAUUUUGGAAUACAAGAUUGA